AUGAGGGAGGUUGGGUACUUUGAAUUCUCUGAUGUGUUUGAAAAGGCUGUUUACGUUGCUGACCGGUGGAUGUUUACUGGGGACGGUGGGUACGUCUAUAAGGGUGUCCUGCUUGGUGAUACUGAAGGGUUUAGUGAAUACCGAACUAAGCAACAGGAGGGUGGUGAAUUGACGUCUUCGUCGUUUUAUAGUUCAGAUGGCGAGGAAAACGAAGGUGAUGUUGUUUUAAGGAACCCUUCAGAUGUGGAAUUGCUGGCGCAAGUGUGUCUUCAAGAGGCAGCGGUUAUUCACCAGAAGGUCCAUGAAAAACCAGCAGAACCACGUACGCCCGAAAUGAAGAAACCGGCUUGGUGGUCAGACCCGUUGGUUCAUGCUGUUACGCCAAUUGCUUCUUCGUCGUCAAAGAAACGGGUUCCUGUGUCUCCUACAGCCAGUGUGUCUAUUUCAGAUUCCCUGAAACCAUACAGAAAGAGAGACAGGCUCUUUUCCAAGGUCAGCUUCAAGAGAGCACCCAAAGAAGUGUAUUUAAACGAAGCCAUGUUGGAAAAGCUAGGUGCUGGGAUUGGAGAGAUUUUAGCAAACGACGAUAUGCUUGCCUACAAAGUAUUCAACCUUUGCUGGUUCUACUGCACUACAGUUGAUCCCAAUAAAACGUCCGUCUCCAGGCUCCUCAAAGACGAAGAGGUACUUGAAAUAACCGACAUCCCAGACGUCCAGGAAGCAAUCACCGCCUUGGAGCCAUUGAAGAAGCAGUUCACCAUUUCCCGUGCUGAUCUAUGGACGUACGCUGGAAUCAUCACAUUUGAAGCUCUCGGUGGCCCCAAAAUCGAUUGGAACCCCGGCAGACCAGAACUCGAAGCCACCCACCGCAAAGCAACUUUCUGGGAAGUGUGUACUCGAGCAGAACUCGAAAUGAGCCAGCGAGUAGCACUCUGGGGCGGUCUUCGAGCCUAUUCCAUCAUCCAGCUCGAGCCCCCAGUCCAAGCCCACAACGGGCUUCUCCAUACCAUUCCCAGCUACACCAAACUCAGCCCUAACGAAAAAGCAUUCUUGGAUACUUUUGGCGAGGAAGGGUUCCUCUAUGCCCAGAGCUUUGCAGGCGACGAAGCCACAUUCUUCAAGCAAUUCUGCCUAGCCUUUGGCAAAGUAAUCGAUCACGCUACAAGAAAACCCACUCCCGGCCAUUCCGCCACUUCCGAAGAGUAA